AUGACUAAUGCUGGGGAGGAUUUCAAGUUCACUUUGAAAGUGAUGAUCGACAAGAAGGAAAAUAAGAUGCUGUUUGCAGAAUCCGACUGCCAAUUUGUAGAUAUUCUACUGAGCUUCUUGAGUUUGCCUAUGGGAAGAAUUGUCAAAGUCCUCAACGACCACUUUGGCCAGAAGGCGCCCGUCAUUGGAAGCCUAACCAAUUUGUACCGUAGCUUAGCAUGCACUGACAACGCUGACUUCGUGUCAAUCGAUGCCAAGAACCUACUGCUCAAUCCAAGAAGUCCAUUUGAAGUUGAAUGCGGAAUGCUAAAGCCGAGCCUCAUUGAUUUUCAGCCUACUAAAUAUUUUCAUUGUCGCCAAUGCAGAUUUGGGACUCAUAGUGUAAGCAUAUACUAUGAUGAAGCUAAUUGCCUUAAACACGAACUAUAUGAUCGUAUAGCUACAACAACAUUUAAUCGUAUGGCUACAACAACAGACAAACCUAAAAAUGUGGCUAAAGCUGCUUUUGAAGGAGUUUUCGUUGCGGAUAGGGCUUCUUUCAUCAUCUCUGAUGAUCUGCGGAUAUUUCCCAGUGCUAUGGGUAUCUUCCAAAUCGCCAACGUUCUUGGCAUUGCAAACAUGGACAAGGCCGAGUCGAUUGAUGUGAAGAUAGGUUUGAAGGAGAUUGUGAGUCUGCUGAAGCUGUGCUUCAUCUCCCCAACUCCAUUGGCGGAUCUCGUGCUAAACAAAACAAGUUUGGAUCUUGCUCCUGUGCCAAAGACAUUGGUUAAUCAUACUGAUAUUCAAGGAAAGUUAGAGACUAAGAAGUUGGUUUUGAAAAUAGUGGUGCAAAAAUCCAAAGGCAAGUUAUUGUAUGCUCUAGCUGAGGAUGAUUUUGUUGACUUUCUCUUCAGUUUGUUAAUAAUCCCACUGGGAGGAGUUGGGAGUCUUCUUGCUGGUAAGACGUGUAUUAAGGGUAUAGAUAUCUUGCAACGGAGCGUUGCUGGUCUGGCUGAGAAGUAUUUCAAGAGUCCGUCUACGAAAAAUGGACUUAUGAAACCUAGUCUUGUUCAUGGUUCUGUUUCCGAGAACUACAUUCUUCCCCUUGAUCAACAAUGCAUCACUUUUAAUGAACUUCAACAAUUCAAAUUUUCUUCCCUUAAGUUUCCGAAAGGGCCGGGUAGAUAUCUCUCUAGGCCAAUAGCUUAUAUGGUGAUGGAUGAUCUAACGAUGAAGCCUUUGCGUAUCCAUUCGACCAUUUCCUUUCUAAGUGAGAAGAAUAUCCCUAUGUCAGAUGUCGAAGAAAUAGCAGUGCAAGUCAGAGUGAAAGAGGCUUUAAGCAUACUGAAAGCGUCUCUUACGUCCACGUCUGUUCUCACUGAUGCUCUGCUCAAUUCCGUGCCGAUCAGACAACCAAUGGCAGAAAAUGGGGAGAUUAAAACAGGAUUCAAAGAGAAUUCCAACAAACGGGUGAAGCAAGAAGUCUGAUAGUAGUGCAAAAUAUUGUUUACCUUUGCAGCUUGUUUUUGUUUUAUUACAUCCUUAGUUUUCUGGAAGCAGAAUAUUGGUUCUUUUUUUGGCAUUGUUUGAUCAAAUACUUUGCAACUUGAGACUGUCAAGAUUAUCAUGAAAGAGUGUGAUUUUGCUUACAAUAUGCCUUCAUUUAACUGAUUGAGUAUGUUGUACUUUAAUUUACAGAAAGACAAUC